GGCUGCUCGGUUUGUUACGGGACGAACAAACAUGGAUGCUUCGGUGACCGGACACUGAAGACAACCGUGGGGUCAUCACCGGAGAAGCUAGCCGACGUGUGGAGGCUGCUGCCCGGGUUGAAGGACGGCAGGAGUCGGCUCCAGGCAUCAGGGUCUGCGGCGCUACACUGAGAGACUCCAUCAUGGCAGACAGCACCAUGAGCAAGGCAGCCACCAUGGAGAUCCCCAUCAACAGCAAUGGAGACACGGGGACCCUGGCAGAGGAUGACAGCCUGGAGCAGGAUUUGCAGCAGGUGAUGGUGUCCGGACCCAACCUGAAUGAAACCAGCAUUGUCUCAGGAGGUUACGGAGGGCCAGCAGGGGGCAUCAUUCCAACCAGCUCCAUCAAAGGGCCUGCUAUUCACUACAACCCCGACUAUCUGGACCGAAGACGAGUCCCUGCACCAGGACCAGACAUUCGCAUGAAAGCCAGGGGUGUGGGCUUGCCUACGAGCCAACCUGCAGCCGGUCGACUUGCCCAACACACAAACCAGCAUCCAGGGUCAUCAAGCCACAACCCGAGUAGUUCAACUGAAGAAGUCACCCGAGGUGUGGCAGUGGAGAAAAUAGAUAGUUACAAGAAAUGGGGCAUAAACACAUACAAGUGCACCAAACAGAUGUUCUCCGAGCGGUUCGGCCGGGGCUCGAGAACAGUGGACCUGGAACUGGAGGCUCAGAUCGACGUGUUGAGAGACACCAAGAGCAAGUAUGAACACGUCCUGAGUCUGGCCACUGCUCUCAUCAAUCACUUCCAGAGCAUGGUGGAGACGCAGCAGGCUUUAGGAGACAGCUUCACCGACCUCAGCCAGAAGUCACCAGAGCUGCAGGAUGAAUUUGGUUACAAUGCAGAAACCCAGAAGCUGCUGUGUAAAAAUGGCGAGGCCCUCCUGGGCGCCAUUACCUUCUUCGUGGCCAGUAUCAACACCCUGGUGAACAAAACAAUGGACGAUACUCUGAUGACCAUCAGGCUGUAUGAAAAUGCAAGACUUGAGUUCGAUGCCUACCGCUCAGAUCUGGAGGAGCUGAGCUUGGGCCCCAAGGAUGCAGCGGCCAUGGUUCGCAUUGAGAUGGCUCAGCACGAUUACCAGAUACACAGAGACAAGUAUGAAAGACUGCGCAGUGAUGUCACCAUCAAACUCAAGUUCCUGGAGGAGAACAAGGUGAAGGUGAUGCACAAGCAGCUGCUCCUCUUCCAUAAUGCUAUCUCAGCUUACUUUGCUGGCAACCAGCAGCAGCUGGAACAGACUCUAAUACAGUUCAAUGUGAAGCUAAAGCCCCCGGGAUCCGACAAGCCGUCCUGGCUGGAGGAGCAGUGAAGAGCGCUCCGGGCUCGGCUGUGUGACGUGUACAGUGACGAGCUGGUCAGUGAAGAACGUGACAUUGUGUUUAGAUGGACAAGAGGCAAGUGUAUAAAGGAGUUUAUCGUAGGAUCAGUAGCGGCCUGUGAUAAAGCAAAAAACCCAAGGGAUUGUUUUUUAAUGUUUUCCAGUAUCACUUAUUUUACAUAGAUGGGGAAAAAAGGUCUUGGUUGUAUUUAGAACUUUUUGUUAAGUCACAAAUUGACCUCUUUUUACUUUGUUAUUAUUUAGGUACACAAUCAUUUACAUGUAUAUCUCUUAUUUAUGUAAAGUAUAGUCUACUGUGGUGGUGAUGCCCCUUUGCUUUUUUUGCACAUGCAUUCUUUUCUUUGUUUUUUAAUGUUGUCUAAAGCGUUAUAUUUAAUAUUUCAGAUUAAAUCCCUUCGGGAGGAAUUCCACAAAUCACAUCAGCAAGUUAGUGGGAUAAUGUCAAAAAUAUUAAUAAAUAAACUCUGUAUUUAAAAUCAUGAGUGUGCAUGAAUUUACCAUAAUCCUCAAGUUUUAGUUGAACAGAUUUAAAGUUAUCGGAGUAUAACGCUGUUUUUCAAAGUUAUCCCACUAAAUUGCUGAUAUCACUUUGUGGAAUACCUGCCUGACUGGUCAGUUUACAGUUUACAUGCAUAGAAGGGAUAAUAUAUAUUGUCAAUAUAGUGAUUUUUCUUUCAACUAAGACACAAUCAAUGAAUAAUUGGAUCUUCCUAAAUGUUUGGUACCUUCAGAUAAGUGUCUUGCAGAAGUAUCUUUUUUAAUGCCAGUGUUUACACGUGGAAACAAGCCUCAAAAACUCAAGAUCUCAGUUAUCAUAAAGGAAUCCAAAUUUAAACUUCAAUAGCCAGUGUAAGUUUCUCUUUGAUCAUGCCAGUGUUUGAGGCUCAGGUUUUAAAAUCUCUGGUUUAGAACACACAUAGUGAGAGGGAAAAAUGAACACACAUGAUGGCAUGCGUGACAAUUUCAACGUCUCUUCGUUGACCGAAUGUAUGCGUACAGCAUUCUUGUUUUAUAUUAUUUAUUUCCCGUUUGUUACGCUUACUUCUGCUUUUUAAGUUCCUAUUAAUUAAGCUGGUUGUCUUUGUCUUGUUCUGCAUUUCCAAUAAAGUCUGCUGGAUGUUUGGUUUUGUUUCACGUAAACGUGCGGUGACACGAUUCUGUAUCUUUGACGUGGGACGCUUUCACAGGAGAAUGUACAGAGAAGAGUCACAAUGUAUGUAAAAUGUAUGUAUAUGGCAA